AUGGCUACUGGAUCUCAAAUUUUAUUUGAUACUUCAGACUCGUUGGAUAAUGAUGGUGCCAACCCAGUUGGUUUAAAUUUAACCAGCAGUAAUAACGAGUCAACCUCUUUUGGGAAACUAACGGUUCUUAUUGAACUCCUCACACAACGUGUGGAGAACCUUGCAAGCCAGGUUGCAGGGAUUAUGAGCCGUAGUCCUAACGUUAAUGCCUCUAAUUUCGACAAGCCUAGGGACAUUAUUAAUCGUGAUAAUAGUGGAAACAAUGACCGGAAUAAAACUGCGAAUGAAGCAUUAGACAGUACUUCACAAUGUUUAAAUGGUCCGAAUCAACUACCUCAGCAGCUUCAACAACAGCAGCUACUGAACUCUGAACUCAACGUACUCCCAGGAUCGAAUGAUCGAGUGAACCGGAACUUGAACUUUACUUUAGCUGCUUCUAACAACGCGAAUGGAAAUAACUGUAAUGUAAGAGCGAUACCGUUGAAUAGGUCUGGUAACAUCAAUGGAAAUACUUAUGCUGCCAGAGCGGGACCGUCGAAUGGUUCGGACAAUUUUCUAAUUCGCAGUAAUUCUUCCAUAAAUACAGGUACUGUUUCUCCUAUCCCAGUAUUAAAUGACUGGUUGAAAGAGCCAAACAACUUGUUCAAUAAUAAUGUCGAGGAUAUGCGACAUAAUGAUAAUGUAAACUCUAACGAUUUGGCUAACAACUUAAAGACUUUUGACUUAAAGCUCUUUAAAUUUAAAAAGUUACAAAUAGAGAUACAAUAUCUUAAAGAGUGUAAUAUAAGACAACGAGUACCUAAGGGUCUGAGACAGUGGCGUUUUCCGAAUGGUUUAGUGCCACACUCACAGUUUCAUCAGGAUCUUCUGCAUCUUUUUGAUAAACAAGGACUAGAGUUUAUUGACUGCCUUAUUAAAAACUAUAGUGAACAAUUGUUGUGCUUGGAAAAUGAAGUCACUGUAUUAGAUAAUGCCAUUAGGAUGGAUAAGAAUUUUCCUAGAUAUAAAUUUGAUUUUCUGCAUAUUUUUUCCAGUAUUGAUAGCUCGUUGGAGAAAAUCAAAGAGAACAAAGUUAAGAAAUUAAGCAGGGAUGCUUUGGCUUACACCAAAGGUACUGUGUACCCCCUCCCUAAAACAAAUGUCGGGAAUAAUAAAACUGUACUGAGCAGUGGUAAUAUAAUUUCCACUGUUGACAAUGUUGACCCUGAAUGUUCAUUCCAGUCAGUAGAUGUUGUGCAUGAACAAUGUGAAAUGAGUGAUAAUUCACCAAUAAGGAGAAGUGAAAGAAUUGCUAAUAAGGGAACCAACAUUGGUGUAAAUAACAAUAAUGGCAAUUCAAGGAAUAAUAAUAGUAAAAUUUUUUUUCAGGCUGGGGGAAAAAGAAUGGUCAACAACAUGUACCCAGAUAUCAGACUCAGAAGAAGAGGAAGAGGAAAUACCAGAACAAGAGGAAGAAAUGAUGAUUCCUCUUAUAUGCCCUGGUUUUCAUCCUAUUGA